AUGGUAUGUGUAACAGCAUCCCAUCAGCCCAGUCCUCUAGUCUUUACACAGGCAAAAUUCCCACUGACUUCAUUGCUAGCUACCUCAUCCCUGAAUUCCCAGCUUCAGCAACUUCAGCAUCUUCAACAGCUCCAGCAUCAUCAACAACAGCAGCAGCAGCAGCAGCAACAAGGGCAACAACAGCAACCACAAACAGGCCAGCAGCAGCAACAAGCUCAGCAGACACAACAAGCCCAACAACCGCAGAUGCCACAACAGCAGCAGCAGACGCCACAACAGCAGAACCAAACGCAGCCCCAGAGCCAGACCCAACAACCGCCAGCCCAGCAGUCCUCAAACUCCCCUCAGAAACCCAACCAGUCACCAGGACAUGGCCUUCCAUCUCCACUCACUUCUCCAAAUCCACUUCAGCUGGUUAAUAAUCCACUGGCAAGUCAAGCAGCAGCGGCUGCAGCAGCAGCAGCCAUGGGCUCAAUAGCAAGCUCACAGGCCUUUGGCAAUGCACUCUCCAGUCUUCAGGGGGUCACAGGUCAACUAGUCACUAAUGCACAAGGACAGAUUAUUGGAACAAUUCCACUGAUGCCUAAUCCAGUCCCAUCAAAUCAGGCAGCAGGAGGAGCUCAGGGCCUUCAAGUGCAGCCAAUUACCCCACAGUUAUUGACCAAUGCCCAGGGUCAGAUCAUUGCUACAGUCAUUGGAAACCAGAUACUACCAGUGAUCAACACCCAGGGAAUAACACUAUCACCACUCAAACCAGGCCAACAGCUCCAUCAGCCCUCCCAGACGCAAGUGGGACAAGCAGCCUCACAAUCCAACCUUCUGCAUUUGGCUCACAGUCAAGCAUCUAUGUCUCAAAGCCCAGUGCGUCAGGCUUCCUCUUCUUCCUCCUCAUCCUCCUCCUCUUCAGCUUUGAGUGUUGGCCAGUUAGUCAGCAGUAAACACACCAUCCUGAGAAGCCACUUUUUCCUACCACAGGAAGCCCAAGAGAACACUAUAGCUAGCAGUCUGACAGCCAAACUGAACCCUGGCCUUUUGUAUCCUGCCAGGUUUGAAAAGCUGGACAUCACCCCUAAAAGUGCCCAGAAGAUAAAGCCGGUGCUUGAGCGGUGGAUGGCUGAGGCUGAGGCCCGCCAUCGAGCAGGUAUGCAGAACCUGACUGAGUUUAUCGGAAGUGAACCAUCCAAAAAGCGCAAGAGGCGUACCUCAUUCACGCCACAAGCUCUUGAGAUCUUGAAUGCCCACUUUGAGAAGAACACUCAUCCCUCUGGGCAGGAAAUGACAGAGAUUGCAGAGAAACUGAAUUAUGACCGGGAAGUAGUUAGAGUUUGGUUCUGCAAUAAGAGGCAAGCACUGAAGAACACAAUUAAACGUUUAAAACAGCAUGAGCCUGCGACAGCAGUCCCUAUGGAGCCCUUAACAGACUCUCUGGAAGAAAACUCCUAAAAAGAAGAAAAGAAA